AUGGAUACCAUCAAGAACACCGUCGACUACGUCAAGGAGUCCAUCUCCGGCGCCGGCGCCACUGCUUCCAAGGAAGCCAACAAGAACGUCGCCAAAGACAACAAUGCCGACCUGACCACUCGUGCUCAGGCUGCUGGUGACGCUCUCUCCGACAAGCUCGACGAACAGAAGCAUGAGCGCAAGGCCGACGUUCACAAGGAGGCUGCCAAGCACUAG